CAGGAGCGAGUAGGCGGGGCCGAGUGUGCUGAGUGACAGUCGGAAGGUUCGGCCGGUAGGGCCCCAGAGCUCCCGAGCUCCAAAUCCGGCUGGAGGGAGAGGAGGGUGUGGGGAGGGGGAUGGGCGGGAUUUCCUGCUGGAGGCGCCGAGCCGGCCGCGGAGGAAGAAGAGAAGGAGGAGAAAGGAGAGGGGCCGGCGGGAGCUGUGCUCUGGAAUAGCAGGGGACUGAGGGGGCCCCUGAGAACUUAGGCGAGGCGGCUGGACCUGAAAUCGGCCACAGCUGAAGCUUUGAGCCUUCUUCUCCAGCAAAGAGACUUCUGUUUUGUGGGGAAUGCCUUAUCUUUCCAGGACAGAAACAGACCCUAUGACCUGCCAGAGGGGAUGCUGACAUUUUUCAGGAUAGGCACUGGAAUUCCCGUGCCAAGCAGGGAAGGGUGGUGUGGCCAGUUCUGGCCCAUCCCAGAGUUGUCAGAAGCCGCAAGCUGGUCUUGGUCCAGAUCUUCAUACAUCCCACGCGCCCUCCAAGAUUGGUUUUCCUGCUUGUGGUAGCAACUCUCUGAGCACCUGGAACCAGGACCAGUCAACUGCUGAGAGCCAACCAUUGGCCUGAGGGCACCACUCCUCCUCAGCUCUGGACUUCCAUCCCCACAACUUUUUUUUUGCCAGGCCUUCUGAGGAGCUGGGGCAUGGCAUCUUGAAGGCCAGGAUAUCCGGGGCUAUCUCCCAUUCUCCGUGCCCUGUCCUUUAGAGCCCCAACCUUCCAGUUCAGGAUGGGGCGGGAGCAGGACCUGAUUCUUGCUGUGAAGAAUGGAGAUGUGGCUGGGGUGCAGAAGCUGGUGGCCAAAUUCAAGGCAGCUAAGAGCAAGCUCCUGGGCUCCACUAAGAAGCUCAACGUAAACUACCAGGAUACGGAUGGCUUCUCAGCUUUGCACCAUGCAGCCUUGGGGGGCAGCCUGGAGCUGAUGGCACUGCUACUGGAGGCACAAGCCACAGUGGAUAUCAAAGAUAGCAACGGCAUGCGCCCCUUGCACUAUGCAGCCUGGCAGGGCCGGCUAGAACCCGUGCGCCUGCUCCUGAGAGCGGCCGCUGCUGUCAAUGCUGCUUCCCUGGACGGGCAGAUCCCACUGCACCUGGCGGCCCAGUAUGGGCACUACGAAGUGUCAGAAAUGCUUCUGCAGCAUCAAUCUAACCCCUGCUUGGUCAACAAGGCUAAGAAGACCCCGCUAGAUUUGGCCUGCGAGUUUGGACGACUCAAGGUAGCCCAACUGCUCCUAAACAGCCACCUGUGUGUGGCUUUGUUGGAGGGCGAGGCCAAAGACCCAAGUGACCCCAACUACACGACCCCGCUGCACUUGGCUGCCAAGAAUGGGCACAAAGAGGUUAUCAGGCAGCUGCUGAGAGCCGGGAUCGAGAUCAACCGACAGACGAAGACUGGCACCGCCCUGCAUGAGGCAGCACUCUAUGGAAAGACCGAGGUGGUGCGGUUGCUGCUGGAGGGUGGUGUGGAUGUGAACAUCAGGAAUACGUAUAACCAGACAGCCCUGGAUAUUGUGAACCAGUUCACUACUUCCCAGGCCAGCCGGGAAAUCAAGCAGUUACUACGGGAAGCAUCAGGGAUCCUGAAAGUCCGGGCUCUCAAGGAUUUCUGGAACCUCCAUGACCCUACUGCCCUCAAUAUCCGAGCUGGAGACAUCAUCACGGUUCUUGAACAACACCCUGAUGGACGAUGGAAGGGGCACAUACAUGAGAGCCAACUGGGCACUGACCGGGUGGGAUACUUCCCACCAGGCAUUGUUGAAGUGGUCAGCAAGCGGGCUGGGGUAAACAUACCUCGCCCCUCAGCUGGAACCAUACCUCUGCGGCCAAAUUUUGCCAGGACCCCUCAGCUGUCGGCUGAUGAUUCCCUGCACCCUCUCACCUAUAGCCAACUUCCUCGGGUUGGCAUUAGCCCAGAUAGCCCAGCAGCCAGUGACAGGAACAGUGUGGGCAGUGAAGGGAGUGUGGGCAGCAUCCGCAGUGCAGGUAGUGGUCAGAGUUCAGAGGGUACAAAUGGACACAACACCGGCCUCCUCAUCGAGAAUACCCAGCCACUGACCCCUACUGGAGAGGACCUGUCUCUGCCUGGCCUGCACCCCACAUCUCUGCCAGAAAGCUUAAACCACUGGUCUCUGACGAACCACCGCCCUAGGGAACAAAUCUUCAACCAGGAUGUGAGACCGGAACAGCUGCUGGAAGGGAAGGAUGCUCAGGCUAUUCACAACUGGCUGAGCGAGUUCCAGCUGGAAAGCUAUACCACUCACUUCCUGCAGGCUGGGUACGAUGUGCCAACCAUCAGCCGAAUGACGCCAGAGGACCUGACAGCCAUCGGGGUGACGAAACCUGGGCAUAGGAAGAAGAUCGCUACUGAGAUUACCCAGCUUAACAUUGCAGAAUGGCUACCUAGCUACAUCCCGGCGGACCUACUGGAGUGGCUGGGGGCCCUGGGGCUGCCUCAGUAUCACAAACAACUAGUGAGCAGUGGCUAUGAUUCCAUGGGGCUGGUGGCCGACCUCACCUGGGAGGAGCUGCAGGAAAUUGGAGUCAAUAAACUCGGUCAUCAGAAGAAGCUGAUGCUGGGAGUGAAGCGUCUGGCAGAGCUUCGACGGAGCUUGCUGCAGGGGGAGGGGCUGGGUGGCGGUGGGGGUGGCCGGCGAGUGGCAGGGGGUCCAGAAGUAAUGGCUAUUGAGGGGCUGGAGAAUGGCGAUGGCCCGGCUGGACCCCGUCUGGUCACCUUCCAAGCCAGCGAGCUCAGCCCUGAGCUGCAGGCAGCCAUGGCCAGGGGUACCCCAGAGCCUCUGACCUUGCCCCCAACCCGUUCCCCCAGCCAGGAGAGCAUUGGGGCACGUUCUCGAGGUUCUGGGCACUCUCAGGAACAGCCUGCCCCCAGAUCCAAUACUGGGCACCCCAGUCCCCCUGCAGAGAGGAAUCUGCCAGAGGGUAAUGAACAUCCUCCCAGCAAGGACAUCCCCCCCUAUAUGCUCAUGCAUCCCCAUAGUUCACCCCCUAGUCCAGCUCCUGUGCCCCCUUCUAGUGCCCCCCGAGGUUUCUCCUACUUGUCUGCUUCCCCUUCAACUCCACCUGACCCUCCCCGACCCAAACGCCGCUCCCACAGCUUGAGCCGCCCAGGAUUGACAGAAGGGGAGGCUGAAGGACCAGUAGGUAGUGCCUUGGACAGUUAUGCUACCCUAACCCGGCGCCCUGGGCGAAGCACCCUGACCCAGGUCAGCCCAGGCUCUGCUCUAACUCGGGGAGCUCCUCGUAGCCAGUCCUUUGCCUUACGGGCUCGCCGAAAAGGGCCCCCACCUCCACCUCCCAAACGCCUCAGCUCUGUCUCUGGUACUGCCCCAGACUCUCUUCUGUCUGGUGGGAACCCAGGGACGGAAGAAGAAGCCGUAGCAUCCAGGAGACGCACACUGAGUGAACCGACCGGUCCUUCCGAUCCCCCCGGCUCUCCUGCCCCUGGGGGUCCUGCUUCAGACACAGAAGAGGAGCGGGCUUCUGAAGAGACAUCCCGAUCCCGGGGCAGCUCUGGUGAGGGACUGCCCUUUGCUGAAGAAGGCAACCUGACCAUCAAGCAGCGGCCCAAGCCUGCUGGGCCCUCGAACCGCGAGGUCCCUAUUCCCCCUGGACUUGACUUCAACCUCACAGAGUCAGACACUGUCAAACGAAGGCCCAAAUGUCGAGAAAGGGAGCCACUGCAGACAGCACUUCUGGCUUUUGGAGCUGCCAGUCCUGCCCCAGUCCUCUCCGCCCCACUGCCUUCCCAGCCCACUGCUGAUUCCCCAACAUCUCCCCCACCCAGCGCCUUGACUCCCGCCCCUCCAGUUCCUGGCCCUAAUAACUCACUGACUCUUACCACCACUGCCUCCCCCCUUUCCACCAAUACCUUGACUCAGAUUACUGCUCUCCAGUUGUCUGGAUCUGGCCCGGAAGACUCAGUGGCCACCCAGCAAAAAGGGGAGCCGAAGUCCCCAACUCCCCCCUCAGCCCUCAUCAAGGUGCCAGUAGGAGGCAUGUCUGCCAAACCUGUGUCGGUGGCCUGCACACAACUUGCAUUCUCAGGGCCUAAGCUGGCUCCCAAACUUGGUCCUCGUCCUACCCCCCCACCAAAACCUGAGAGUGCAGGAGCACCCGUCGCUGCCCAUGCCCAGCAGAGACUAGAGCAGACCAGCUCCUCCCUGGCGGCGGCCCUGAGGGCUGCUGAAAAGAGCAUCGGUGCUGAGGAUGGAGAAGGCCUUUCCCAACCCGGCAAUUCCAAGCACAUUCUGGAUGAUAUCAGCACCAUGUUUGAUGCUUUGGCUGACCAACUGGAUGCCAUGCUGGACUGAGCUGACACCGAGCUCUUCCCCCCAACGGCAGCAUGUGGGCUGUCUUGGCAGGAACACCUUUGCUCCAGCAAGGAAGAAGUUAACAGCACCAGCACGCAGGGAAGGGCUGGGGCCUGAACCAGAGUGCUUCUUCCUUCAGUGCCUGCUCCUCCUGGAAGCCAGUACCUGUCGGUACUGCAGCUCCACCCCUGACCAGCCCCCAGCCUGAGGGGAAAAGCAAACUUGUCGGAGCCUGACAGGCUCAGGGGCCCCAGCCCCAGCACCUGGCCCUGUGUAAUCUGACCCGACGGCUCUGCCCCCUUGGACAUGGCCUCUGGUAAAAGCUUCCUCUGCACAGUGUAGGAGAGAGGUGGGGACAAAGGCCUCGUGGUGUUUUGUUCCUGCCUAUUCCUAUCUUCAUUCCUAGCCACCGUAUCCUUCCUGGGAAGGUGCUGAGUAGACUUGAUAGGCAAAAGAACUUUCCCUAGAGAAGAACAACUUGGGCCUCAUGGAUGACUGGCUGGGGGACAAGAUGAAGGUGAUGGCUAAGAGCAAAGUUCAACCCCUAACCUAUCCAGGAUGGGUCUUCUUGCUGUCCCAGUGCCCGCUCCCAACCAGACCUGUGUGUGUAUAUAGGACGUGUAAAUAGGCUGUGUUGGGCGUGUGUCAACAGGGCAUGGGAGCUAGAAGCUAUGAAGCCCCAUCCAGGUGCCCAUCAGUCUCCUUCCCCCCACUGCUCUGACAAAGCUGCUGUGAUGUAGGGCGGGGUACCCCGGCGGUGUUACAGGCCUGAUAUUACAGGCCAACUUGUGUGUAAUUCCAGAUUUUUUAAGAAAGAAAGGUGUAUAUUUUAAAUGGAAUUUUCUCUAUUAACAGGCAGGGAGGGGCUAUAGCUUCCUUGGACUAGAGAAAUGCUCUGGUCAGGUCAGCAGCCUUCCUCUCUGACCACUGACCCUUCCCAACACUAACUUCAAUGAAAGACUCAUUCCACUUAA